AUGUGUCAAGACCGAUCUUCAAGUGAAGAAAGCAAAGAUUGCAGAAACAAAUACUGCAAUUCAGAUGAAUCAGUCUCAGGUUCAAAUUCUUGUGAGGACUGCGACGAUUCUCCGGAGGACCCAUGGACUGAACCAGUUUACGAAGAACCAGUGCCAACAUAUCCCGUUGAAGAAGAACCAGCAGAACCAGUAGUUGAUCCACCACUUCCUGGAGAAGAAGAACCAACACCAAUAAUUCCUGAUGAAGAGGAACCAGCAGAACCUGUCCCAGGUGAAGAAGAACCAUCACCACCAUUUCCUGGUGAAGAAGAACCAGCAGAACCAGUAGUUGAUCCACCACUUCCUGAAGAAGAAGAGCUAUCACCAAUGGACCUAGUUGAAGAAGAACCUGCAGAACCAGUAGUUGAUCCACCACUUCCUGAAGAAGAAGAGCCAUCACCACCAUUUCCUGAUGAAGAAGAACCAGCAGAACCAGUCCCGGAUGAAGAAGAACCAUCACCACCAUUUCCUGGUGAAGAAGAACCAUCACCACCAUUUCCUGAUGAAGAAGAACCAGAAGAACCAGUUCCAGAUGAAGAAGAACCAUCACCAACAUAUCCCGUUGAAGAAGAACCAGCAGAACCAGUAGUUGAUCCACCACUUCCUGAAGAAGAAGAACCAUCACCAACGGAUCCAGUUGAAGAAGAACCAGCAGAACCAGUGGUGGAUCCACCACUUCCUGAAGAAGAAGAACCAUUACCAAUAAUUCCUGAUGAAGAAGAACCAGCAGAACCAGUCCCGGAUGAAGAAGAACCAUCACCACCAUUUCCUGGUGAAGAAGAACCAGAAGAAGCAGUUCCAGAUGAAGAAGAACCAUCACCAACAUAUCCCGUUGAAGAAGAACCAGCAGAACCAAUAGUUGAUCCACCUCUUCCUGAAGAAGAAGAACCAUCACCAACGGAUCCAGUUGAAGAAGAACCAGCAGAACCAGUUGUUGAUCCACCACUUCCUGAAGAAGAAGAACCAUUACCAAUAAUUCCUGAUGAAGAAGAACCAGCAGAACCAGUCCCAGAUGAAGAGGAACCAUCACCACCAUUUCCUGGUGAAGAAGAACCAGCAGAACCGGUGAUUGAUCUACCACUUCCUGAAGAAGAAGAGCCGUCACCAAUGGAUCCAGUUGAAGAAGAACCAGCAGAACCAGCAGUUGAUCCACCACUUCCCGAAGAAGAAGAACCAUCACCACCAUUUCCUGAUGAAGAAGAACCAGCAGAACCAGUCCCAGAUGAAGAGGAACCAUCACCAACAUAUCCAGGUGAAGAAGAACCAUCACCACCAUUUCCUGGUGAAGAAGAACCAGCGGAACCAGUUCCAGAUGAAGAAGAACCAUCACCAACAUAUCCCGUUGAAGAAGAACCAGCAGAACCAGUAGUUGAUCCACCACUUCCUGAAGAAGAAGAACCAACACCACCAUUUCCUGAUGAUGAAGAACCAGCAGAACCAGUCCCAGACGAAGAAGAACCAUCACCAACAUAUCCAGGUGAAGAAGAACCAGCAGAACCAGUCCCAGAUGAAGAAGAACAAUCACCACCAUUUCCUGGUGAAGAAGAACCAGCAGAACCAGUAGUUGAUCCACCACUUCCUGAAGCAGAAGAGCCAUCACCAAUAGAUCCAGUUGAAGAAGAAACAGCAGAACUAGUAGUUGAUCCACCAGUUCCUGAAGAAGAAGAACCAACACCAAUAAUUCCUGAUGAAGAGGAACCAGCAGAACCUGUCCCAGGUGAAGAAGAACCAUCACCACCAUUUCCUGGUGAAGAAGAACCAGCAGAACCAGUUCCAGAUGAAGAAGAACCAUCACCACCAUCUCCUGGUGAAGAAGAACCAGCAGAAUCAGUAGUUGAUCCACCACUUCCUGAAGAGGAAGAACCAACACCAAUAAUUCCUGAUGAAGAAGAACCAGCAGAACCAGUCCCAGAUGAAGAGGAACCAUCACCACCAUUUCCUGGUGAAGAAGAACCAGCAGAACCAGUAGUUGAUCCACCACUUCCUGAAGAAGAAGAGCCAUCACCAAUGGAUCCAGUUGAAGAAGAACCAGCAGAACCAGUAGUUGAUCCACCACUUCCUGAAGAAGAAGAACCAACACCAAUAAUUCCUGAUGAAGAGGAAACAGCAGAACCUGUCCCAGAUGAAGAAGAACCAUCAUCACCAUCUCCUGGUGAAGAAGAACCAGCAGAACCAGUUCCAGAUGAAGAAGAAUCAUCACCCACAUAUCCCGUUGAAGAAGAACCAGCAGAACCAGUCCUAGAUGAAGAAGAACAAUCACCACCAUCUCCUGGUGAAGAAGAACCAGUAGAAUCAGUAGUUGAUCCACCACUUCCUGAAGAGGAGGAACCAACACCAACAAUUCCUGAUGAAGAAGAACCAGCAGAACCAGUCCCAGAUGAAGAAGAACCAUCACCACCAUCUCCUGGUGAAGAAGAACCAGCAGAACCAGUCCAAGAUGAAGAAGAAUCAUCACCCACAUAUCCCGUUGAAGAGGAACCAGCAGAACCAGUCCCAGAUGAAGAGGAACCAUCACCAACAUAUCCAGUCGAAGAAGAACCAUCACCACCAUUUCCUGGUGAAGAAGAACCAGCAGAACCAGUUCCAGAUGAAGAAGAACCAUCACCAUCAUCUCCUGGUGAAGAAGAACCAGCAGAAUCAGUAGUUGAUCCACCACUUCCUGAAGAGGAAGAACCAACACCAAUAAUUCCUGAUGAAGAAGAACCAGCAGAACCAGUCCCAGAUGAAGAAGAACAAUCACCACCAUUUCCUGGUGAAGAAGAACCAGCAGAACCAGUAGUUGAUCCACCACUUCCCGAAGAAGAAGAACCAUCACCAAUGGAUCCAGUUGAAGAAGAACCAGCAGAACCAGUAGUUGAUCCACCACUUCCUGAAGAAGAAGAACCAACACCAAUAAUUCCUGAUGAAGAGGAACCAGUAGAACCUGUCCCAGGUGAAGAAGAACCAUCACCACCAUUUCCUGGUGAAGAAGAACCAGCAGAACCAGUUCCAGAUGAAGAAGAACCAUCACCACCAUCUCCUGGUGAAGAAGAACCAGCAGAAUCAAACCAGCAGAACCAGUCCCAGACGAAGAAGAACCAUCACCAACAUAUCCAGGUGAAGAAGAACCAGCAGAACCAGUCCCAGAUGAAGAAGAACAAUCACCACCAUUUCCUGGUGAAGAAGAACCAGCAGAACCAGUAG